UCCACCGAGGGCAGACGGCUGUGGCGAAGCAGGAGGUGCCUUCGUUGCUCACUUGUCCGACAGAGGUCUCGCUCCUCAAGUGCAAGCGUUGCCGGGAUCAAUAGAGAUAUUUAGCCGUCACUGAAUCGUCAUCAUUAGUUGAACGUGCCUUUGGAAAAGAAGGGCUAAUGAAUAUAUAUUUUCCCAUCAAGAACGUUUCCGUACGUUUAUCGCCUGUACACAUUUGGUAAUAUUCCAUAUUUGGUAGUAAGUCGAACAUCUGUGGCGGGGAAAGAGUCGCCGCCGCUGUGUCUUCACGGAAGGCUACUGCUUAUCCGAGACUAUUCUGUUCUUCCUUCCUUUAAUCCGGUUAUGAAAAGAGGCUAUUUUCCAUGACUGCUAUUCAAUCGUGUUGUGUUUUUCUUUUGGACGAAGUAAAACCGUACUGAAACUUCGUGCGCAAGAUUCAUAGAAAUUUCAAUGCAGACGAAGUAGUGAUCACACAUCCCUCUCAUGACAUGAUUGAUAUCAUCUCGUCCAAAAUGGAGGAGCACCGUCAGGAAGGAAAGAUUGGUGGAAACGGCAGCGUCGAAGGCAAGAAAGCGGGCAAUGCAAAGGAGAAGUAUGGCCUUCGUCCGCGGACCAUCAUCAAGAGACUACAGCAAGAGAAGAGUCGUCAGGAGGUUCCCAAACCACGGCCCGCGAGGUCGAAGUCACGGCCAGCGCCGUUGUCGAAGUACCGGAGGAAGACCGCCAACGCACGCGAACGCCACCGCAUGAAGGAAAUCAACAACGCGUUCGAAUCCCUCCGCAAGGUCCUCCCGGCGUUGGAAAUCCACACCAGUUCCUCGUCCAUGACCAAAAUCACGACGCUGCGCAUGGCAGUCGGUUACAUCCGGGCCCUAUCAGAGGUGCUGGAGGACGACGGCGAGGCCAACCUGCUCUCCCUCCAGACGACGAUACACCAGUCCAUCCACGACUCCCUCCAGCACUCCAUGCAGGUGGCGACGCCGUCGGCCGGGGACAUCUCCGUCCUGCAGCACGGGACUUCCAUGUCCUACUUCGCCCAGCAGUGCAUGCCGCACGUGAUGGAUUAUCGCCCCAGCUGUGGCCUCAUGUCGUCUUCUUCCGGCUCCUCUUUGGAUCUUCGAGGCUCGGUGAGCAGCGGGAGCGACCUGGAGGAGCUGCUCUCUGACGACUCGGUGCUGCUCGAGGACAACCUCGACGUCUUCCACGACAUCCAGACCUUCUGCGAAGGGGACCCUUUAGAAGUGAUCCUCGCGCCGGACAAAAUUCACCCGCAGACUUUCACACACGAAAUGUGCAACUAGAAACACACUGAAUGGUUGACUUUACUCUCGUGUGGAUAGAAUAGUGUUUGGCGAUUGUUUUUCUACGGAAACAAAACGCUCUUACAGA